AUGCGUUGGACCUCUGUUUUUGUCGUCGCCGCCACUAGCUUCACACAUAGUGUUGUGACGGCAAGCGAGAACAGCCAGAAUGAGGUCGCUUCUAUCCGUUCAUACUUUUACGUAGGAGGGGGGUAUGUGAGCGACGGUGCGGGUGGGGAGAUAUGCCGUGAUCAGAUGUAUAUCGAACAACUAUCACCAGUUGGAGGCGCAAAGAAAGAAACACCUAUUGUUCUCAUCCACGGCCAAGCUCAAACAGGCACAAACUUCUUGAACAAACCUGAUGGCGGACGUGGGUGGGCAUCCCAGUUCAUAAGCCAAGGCUACGAAGUCUAUAUCGUUGAUCAAACUUUCCGAGGCAGAUCAGCAUGGUCUCCUGCCUAUGGUGUUUCAAAACCCUCGACGUACUCCGCUGAAAUCAUCGAGCGGCGCUUUACAGCCGCACAAGAAUUCAACCUGUGGCCCCAGGCAAAGAAGCAUACACAAUGGCCAGGCACAGGACUUCGAGGAGAUCCAACCUUCGAUGCCUUCUAUAGCUCGAAUGUGCAGUUCAUCAACAAUGCUACCUACCAACAAAAAGCUGUUCAAGCUGCUGGAGCUACUCUUCUUGACAGAAUCGGCAAGCCUGUCGUCCUUCUGGGUCAUAGUCAGGGCGGCAUGAUGCCAAUUCUCAUUGCGGAUGCUCGUCCUGAGCUUGCCAAGGGUUUGGUACUCCUCGAGCCAUCGGGUCCGCCAUUUAGAGAUGCAGUAUUUGGUAACAAAACCGCUCGAGCCUGGGGAUUGACUGAUAUUAGUCUUACCUACAGUCCAGCUGUUACUGAUCCUUCGACCGAACUCAUCCAAGAGGUGCAGCCAAGUCGAGGAGAAGGGUUUGUCGAGUGUAUCCUUCAAGCUGAAAAGCCUGCGCCACGUCGUCUUGUCAAUCUGGAAACGAAGCCCAUUUUGAUCGUUACGGGCGAGGCUUCUUACCACAUGCUUUAUGAUCAUUGCACAGCCAAGUACCUCAAACAGGCUGGCUGCUCAAAGACCAAGCACGUUGAGCUUGGAGAGGAAAGAAUUCAUGGCAAUGGACACAUGCUAUUUAUGGAGAAGAAUAGCGAUAAGAUCCAAAACCUUGUAGAGGAAUGGAUCCGAGCGACAUGA